ACAAGUAACGGGAAAAUGGAACGUGCUGUGAAUAUCUGUUUUGUUCUCUCCGUAAUUUUACUGAAAUGUACACACGGUUACAAGGAGAUGCCCGGAUUGAGUGGCAAGAUGUUCCCGAAGACUGCCACGUUCCACUUUCCAGAGUACGCCUACAAGGAGACGAGUAAGAAUGAAAUAACCUACCACGAACAGGAGGUGGCCUGCGAGCAGCACACCCAGUGUGUCAAUCUCAACGUGGGCGUGACCAAGAUCAACUGCAUAAGGCACUGCAUAUCUCCAUCCUGCUACCAGGAUAUCUAUGCCUUCAACGCGCUGGAGGAGGGUGAAAUCGAUGUGAGACUGAACUCCUUCAAGGGGUGUGUCAUCCAGAGGAUGUAGCAAAAGUCCCCGCUCCUGCACCAUCUAUAUCUCACGGAUUACCUGCAGGAGAUGCAAUGGAAGAUCACCGAAUAUCUUCGCCAGUGGAUCCCCCUCGCCUAACCCUCUAGCUUUUUCUUAAGUAUUCAGAUGGGAACUGAGUCUACGACAUUUACGAUAAUUUAUGCAUUAGUUAGAAUACUUUAUACAUUCGAUUGGACUGCCACAUAAAUACUAUAACUGAAUUAAUAAACUGUCAUAUCAGUAUGAA